UCUGACUGGAUUAUCAGCUGACACACAGAGACAAACCACCACCAUACCAGGACACACACAGAAGGGACGAGGACACACGCAGGGGACGAAGACACACGCAGGGGAUGAAGACACACGCAGGGGACGAAGACACAUGCAGGGGACGAGGACACACAGGGGACGUGGACGUGUGGACGACCUGGAGGACAUGUUUUAUCUGUGUGGACCUGACAGAGAUGGACAGUUAGGACCUAACCCUCCGAUCGCUCCUUGUGCCCCCAGCUGCUAAAUGCUAACUGAUGCUAAGCUAGCUUUAAAAUAGCAUCAACACCCUUCAGCCCAUUGUUAGUUUAUUUAUCAUAGCCUGUGACUGUGAGACAGUCUGGUUAUUAAAUACAGCCGUGCUAACUUAGCCCAGUUGUAAAUUAGCCUGGAUGAACCGAGCUUGGCUGUAUUUCAGUCUAAUGUAGUCUGGCUCUAGCUUUAUUUAGCUGUUAGCUUGGCUGUAAUUUAGCUUGCCUUCAAGUUUGUUAACUAACCAGGAUGAAACCAAUCUUGGCUGUAAAUUAGCCUAGCCUAGGCUAGCCUAGCUUGAACAUAGCUCUAUCUAGCACGUUAGCUUAGCUAUAACAAAGCUAAGGUAUACGUCAGGCUAAAUAAAAUCUUGGCCUUGUUGUGGCUCAACCUGGUUAUAAGUUAGCCGGCUAUUUUUGGCUAUAAUUAGCAUAGCCUAGCUCUGUUAAGGCCUGGCUAUAAAUAACUCUCACUGUAAACAGAGCCAAGUGGCUAUACUUUAGCCACAGAAUAAAUUAGCUUGGCUGUAUUUAGCCUAAAUAAAAACUUAGCGCUAAUGACCCAGUGUGGUUAUAAUCUAACUGGCUUUGACUUUCUUGAGCAUAGCUGCAAAUUAGCAUUGUUAUUCAGCCUGACUAUAAAUUAGCCUAGCUCCAGUGUAGCUUGGCUGUAGCUUUGUGCAGCUGUUCAGUUGGCUUGACUGUGAAUUAAUUUUAUUUUGUUACAAUUUAGCAUGGUUAUAAUUUUAGCUUACCUGGAAGAAACCCAUCAUUAAUGAAGCCAAAGUGUACAUCAGGCUAAAUAAAAUCUUGGCCUUGUUGUGGCUCAGCCUGGUUACAAGCUUGCCAGGUGUAUGGCUAUAAUUAGCAUAGCCUAGCUCUGUUAAAGCCAGGCUAUAAAUAACUCUAACUGUAAACUGAGCUAAGUGGCUAUAAUUAAGCCUCAAAAUAAAUUAGCUCGGCUGUACUUUGGCCUGAAAUACUUAGCCUGGAUGACUCUGCAAAUUAGCAUUGCUAUUUAGCGUUGCUAUAAUCCAGCUGGAUAUAAAUUAGCCUAGCUCUAUUGUAGCCUGGCUGUAGCUUUAUGUAGCUGUUAGCUUAGCCUGGUUGUAAAUUAGCUACCCUCGCUGAAAUUUAGCAUGUCUUCAGUUAUUAAUAACUAACCUGGAUGAAACAUAGCUUGACUGCAAUUUGGUUGGAAAUUAGUCCAGCUAGCCUAGCACUGAGUUAGCCUGGUGUAGCUUUAUGUAGCUAUAUCUAGCCAGUUAGCUUGGCUGUAACAAAGCAUACUUUAGCAUAAUUAAUGUGUAAGCCUUGUUGUGGCCCAGCCUGGUUAUAAGUUAGCCAGCUAUAUUUGGUUAUAAUUAGCAUAGCAUAGCUCUAAUAAAGCCUAAGAUUAAUUAGCUAGGUUAUAAUUUAGCCUAAAAAAAAGUAGCCUUGCUGACUCUGCGUUGUUAUAAUCUAGCUAGCUGUAAGUUUGAUUAGCGCUAACAUUGCGUGGCUGUAAAGUAGCAUAGUUGUAAUUCAACCUAGCUUAGCGUAACUGUAAUUUAACCUGGUUUGAAGUCACCUCAAUGAAACUCAGCUCAGUUGAUAUUUAUUUUGGUAGUGAUUAGCUUAGCUGUUUUAGCCUGAAUUAGUCUGGUUGUGACUCAGCCUAUUAUAAUUGUUUGUAACUGAAGUAUAAUUAGCUAGCGCCACAAACAAACGUCCUCACGAUGGAUCCAGACAAAGACGAAGCCGAAGUGUUUUCGGACGCUGAAAACCCGAGACCUCUGAGUGCACAGGAGGAGGAGGAUGAGGAGGAGCUAGAGGAGGAGGAAGGGGAGAAGGAGGAGGAUGAGGAUGAGGAGGAGGAUGCUAGGAUCUUCAAUGCCUGGAUGCAGCGGUACGGUGCAGGGCAACAGCAGAAUAAUAUUGGAGAAGAGGACGGGGAGGAAGAGGAGGCAGAGGGACGAAGACCUGGGAGUAGGAGCAGUUUAGAGCCUCCAGUCCGCAUGAGGGCCGACCGCCGAGCCUCGCUGCCGUGUCCGGCGACUCUGUCGGCCAUGCAGCUGUCUCGUCUCCACUCGUCCACCCAGGCUCCGGUGACGGCGAGGGUCCUGCUGCAGCGCACCUCCUCACGCCGCCUCCUGCCGUCACCACAGGACAUCGCCGCCCCUGCCAGCUCCGAGCGAAGACCCUCUCUCAUACCCACAAUCCCUGAAGUCAUAGCGCCCGAGAGGCGGGGCCAGUUCAGGAGACGCAACGUCAUGUCUCUGAGUGAUGCGUACAGUGUGUGUCUGAUCUGUCACAAUGAGCUGAGUGGGGGAACCAGAGAGCUUCAGUGUUCACACACCUUCCACAAAGAGUGUAUAGAGGAGUGGCUGUGGAGGAAACAGUCGUGUCCUACGUGUCACGUUCAGGUGUCUGACUCUCAGUCCGUCCACUGGAGCUCCACCCGGGUUAAAGUCCCCUGAACGCAGCAGCAACAUCAGAUGGAUGAAACAUAGAUGAGACGGCCAAUCAAAACUCGCGCCGAAAUACCACAGUAACCUCACCUGUACCCUGAGACCUGAGACUCCACCUGUAACCUGAGACCUGAGACCUCACCUGUACCCUGAGACCUGAGACCUCACCUGUAACCUGAGACCUGAGACCUCACCUGUAUAAAUAAAAUAAAAACAACAGUAUAUUAAAUGUCACCUGUGCGAUGUCACCUGUGUGAUGUCACCUUAACUCUGGUUUUAUUACUGUACUUAUUAUUUCUCUUCUUUUUUAAAAUGGAUCUCAUUGGAAUAUAUUUAUUGUUUAUUUGUUUUGUUGUUGUUUAUGUGCU